CCAAACCCAGAUCCGAUUACACUGAUCAGGUCGAUUACAUGCAGGAAAUUCCCAGACCGCAAUCCGACUCGACCUUUCGGGCUUGAAACCGGAGCAGUGGAGCACUUUCGUCAAUUGGAGGCUUUUCUGAAUUAUACAAGGGUUUUAGGUUCUCUCUCAGAGCUUGAUUGCGAUGCCUUCAAUGGCUCAAGGAGGUCUCAGAAACUCCACCGAUAACCAUCACAAACUUAACGCCAGGUUCACUAUCGACGACCGCAAGGUCGACCCCGCCUUUUCCAGGAAGCAAAAGAUUGCGGAACAUAGAAAGUCUCUUCCGAUUGCUUCCGUUGAGAAACGGCUUGUCGAUGAGGUCCGAAACAAUAAUACUUUGAUUAUUGUUGGUGAAACUGGAAGUGGAAAAACUACCCAGUUGCCACAGUUUCUAUUUAAUGGGGGAUUUUGUCGGGAUGGGAAGACUAUUGGGAUUACUCAACCUAGGCGUGUUGCGGCUGUCACUGUCUCAAAACGGGUUGCUGAGGAAUGUGGUGUGGAGUUGGGCCAAAGGGUUGGGUACUCCAUUAGAUUUGAGGAUGUGACGUCUGGCUCAACGAGGAUCAAAUACAUGACCGAUGGAUUGCUACUGAGGGAAGCAUUAUUGGAUCCAUAUCUCUCUAGGUAUUCAGUCAUCAUUGUUGACGAAGCCCAUGAGAGGACUGUCCACACUGAUGUGUUGCUGGGCUUGCUUAAAAAUGUACAAAAAGCAAGGUCAAAAUCUUUCAAUGACCGCCUUAAUAUUGUAAAAAAGAAGGAAAAUAAUGGCACUCUGUCGGAUAAAGACAAUGGUGUUUUUCUCAAGCAAUGCCAAGGCAGAAAAUUCCCUCCGUUGAAGUUAAUCAUCAUGUCUGCUAGCUUGGAUGCGCGUGGUUUCUCUGAGUACUACGGUGGUGCAAGAGCUGUUCACAUCCAAGGGCGACAGUUUCCAGUGGACAUAUUUUACACUCAUCAUGCUGAGCCAGAUUAUUUGGAUGCAACCUUAAUUACCAUAUUACAGAUUCAUCUGGAGGAGAGCCCUGGUGAUAUACUUGUAUUUUUGACCGGGCAAGAAGAGAUUGAAUCUGUUGAAAGACUUGUCAAAGAGCGACUUCAACAGUUACCUGAAGGCAGUCGAAAGCUGUUAACUGCUCCCAUAUUUUCAGCUCUUCCGUCAGAAAAGCAAAUGCGAGUAUUUGCACCAGCUCCAGCUGGUUUCCGUAAGGUAAUAUUAGCAACAAAUAUUGCUGAGACAUCGGUGACAAUACCUGGAAUCAGGUAUGUUAUAGAUCCUGGAUUUGUAAAAGCACGCUCCUAUGAUCCGGUCAAAGGGAUGGAAUCCUUGGUCAUUGUUCCAACAUCUAAAGCACAAGCUCUUCAGAGGAGUGGACGUGCAGGGCGUGAAGGACCUGGAAAGUGCUUUCGUCUCUACCCGGAGAGUGAAUUUGAGAAACUUGAGGAUUCAACAAAGCCUGAGAUCAAGCGGUGCAACCUCUCUAAUGUCAUUUUGCAGCUCAAGGCUCUGGGCGUCGAUGAUAUUCUUGGGUUUGACUUCAUGGAGAAACCUUCAAGGGCAUCUAUUGUCAAAUCAUUGGAGCAGUUGUUCUUGCUAGGUGCUUUAACAGAUGAGUGUAAACUUUCAGAUCCUGUUGGCCAUCAAAUGGCUCAGCUCCCCUUAGAUCCUAUUUAUUCAAGAGCUCUUAUCCUGGCUAGUCAGUUCAACUGCUUGGAAGAAAUGUUGAUAACUGUUGCGAUGCUCUCGGUGGAAUCAAUUUUUUAUGCCCCUCGUGAAAAGUUAGAAGAGGCAAGAACUGCAAUGAAAAGCUUUUCAUGUCCAGAAGGAGACCACCUCACUUUGGUUAAUGUAUAUCGCGCAUCUGAUGAAUUCUUGGAGAAGAGAACAGUGGGGCUUAGUAAAGAGAAAAAUGAAAAAAUUCUGAGAAAGUGGUGCAAGGAAAAUUUUAUCAACAGUCGUUCCCUGAGGCACGCUCGUGACAUCCACAGUCAAAUUCGGGGAAAUGUUGAGCAAAUGGGUCUUCGUCUUGCUUCUUGUGGAGAUGACAUGCUUCAGUUCUGCAGAUGUCUUGCUGCUUCAUUUUUCCUCAAUGCAGCUUUGAAGCAGCCUGAGGGAACAUACAGGGCUUUGGCAAGUGGUCAGGUCGUGCAGAUCCACCCUUCUUCUGUGUUAUUCCGGGCAAAACCAGAGUGCAUAGUUUUCAAUGAACUAGUCCAAACAAAUCACAAGUACAUCCGUAACAUAACUAAAAUCGAUUACGUGUGGUUAGCUGAGCUGGCUCCUCAAUAUUAUUGCAUGCAAAAUUAAAUCUUGUUGUCAAUACUAACUGGCAUGGGAAGUUGCUUACCACGGCAUUCUGUAGCCUGAUAUUUUUUACUUAAUUGUUGAGAGGAGUGGCUGUUUUUUGAUGGAAAUCUCGCUGGAAACUAGAAUGUGAUGGCUUCUUGUCCGGUUUGGCACUGGCUUUCAAUCUUGUCCUGACAGGGAUUUCUGGCUUCGCAUGUGCCAUGGAUAUGACAUUGAAGAGCUUCUUUAGAAAAUUAGAAGGUGGCUCCCAGUUAUCUGUGGACAUUCCUAUCAAUGUGACCGAAGGCACCAUUUCGCACCUGCGUUUGUAUCAUAAUAUGUGAAAACAAGAAUGGCUGUUGCUUAGAGGCAUAUGAGCAACUGAAUAAGUUGCAGCUUUCUUGAGUCCCUUUUACUUUGCUUUGGGACGUGUACAUGUUUCAGUUCAUUCCACAACUUACUACUAAUCUAAAUGGGGUCGUGGCAGCCUUGAGCAUUGGUGAGUAAACGAGUCAUCAUCAGUCAGUCAGAAAGCCUUGCAAGGGACCAGGAAUGAGUUUCAGAUUUCAUAAUCUAUUUUAGGAAGGGGGAAAUUGUUGUUGACUGCUGGUGAUAUAUCUUAAUUGUUCAUAUAUAUGUUUAUCUUAAUUCACAGCAUUCCUUAUCAA